AUGCCCAUGCUCCAUCAUGAGUGCGGCUAAAAUCGCCCGUAUAGACCAGAUUUGCCUUUCCCAUACGCCCCCGAAGUUUGAUGCCGUCGGCGGGUUCCGCUUCCAUCCUUGAUAGUCCGCUCCUUGAUCAUUCAGGUAGGUUGCUCUAGGUUCUCAAUCAACAAUGAAUAUCUCGAAGGUUGCGUGAAUAAAAAAUGUCAAACUCUUAGACCCCGGCUGUUUCUUUUGAGAGGUUGCGCGAAUUUUCCAUAGUUCCGUUCAAAAACAAAAUAGUCGAAUUUUUAAUAAACCUGAUCAUGCUCGAAGGACCUCAUUGAUUCCAUCCCGGACAAUUCCAUUACGUACGAUUCAAGUGGAUCGAAUUUGGUCUCAGUCCGGAUUUUUUUCAAUCCACUCUCGAUUCCAUUUACAAUCUGGAGCCAACGCCAAUACUACCUUGAUGGAUUUUUUUCAUCAUGAGUGGUGACGAAUAUUUUCAUUGUUUUGGAUGCAAACUGGUCUUCAAGGACCUUAAAACCAGGAGAAAUCAUGUCAAGGGCAAGCGUUGUUCGGCUGUCAUGCAAUGUGUUGACGAUCCUGAGAAUGUUACAAACGAGUUCAACUCCAUUGAACAAGCUAAAGAUUGGGCCUUUGCUCAAGAAUGGGAUCGAUACUUUUUCAUGCGGUCGAGUUCCAAAACUUCUGUGUAUUUUCGCUGCAAUCAAAGUAACUCUGUACAAGUCCGGCAAGUAUCAACAUUCGAAAGAAGCAAGUUUGCAAAUGUGACAAUUUCGAGGUUGAAAGAUGCAGCUCGCCAAAAGAAGUCGUUGUUCUUCAUGGGAUGCUGAAACAUCCCCAUCCCAUGGAAAGGAGGAAUUUCAGCUUGUCAAAAGCUGUCAAGGAUCAAACUGCCGAACU